AAUGAAAAUGGUGUUGUAAUAUGUAUUUCAAAAGUAAAAGCACACAUUAAUUAAUGUUUAAAGUAAAAAACUGGAGGAGAAAAUUACGGUAUGGUGAUAGCCGAGGGACCACCAUUACACAUACAUUUUUGCCCUCUAAAAACAAAAAAAAGAAGAAGAAGAAGAAGAAGAAGAUAGAAGCACCAGGGGAAAAAUAAAAAUAAAAAAGCCGCAAAUAAAAACCGGAGCUCCGCUUCGCAGAACCAAAGCAAAGCAAAGCAGUUCGAGCGAUCGAGGACGAUGCACGCGAAAACGGACUCGGAGGUGACGAGCGCGGCCCCGUCGUCGCCCGCGCGCUCUCCGCCGCGGCGCGGCGGAGCGGCGGCGGGGACGAUCCCGCCGCCCCCGGCGCCGGCGCCGGCGCGCGCCGUGUACUACGUGCAGAGCCCGUCGCGGGACUCGCACGACGGGGAGAAAACGGCGACGUCGCUCCACUCCACCCCGGCCGCGUCGCCGCCGCACUACGCCCACUCCAGCGUCGGCCGCCACUCCCGCGAGUCCUCCUCCACCAGCCGCUUCUCCGGCUCCCUCAAGCCCCACGGCCCCGCCUCCGCCGCCGCCGCCGCCGCCGGGUCGCGGCGCGUCUCCCCCAACGACGCCUCCGCCGCCGCCGCCGCCGCCGCCGGUGCCGAUCGGUGGAAGGACGGCGGGUUGAUCGAGGAGGAGGGGCUGCUCGACGAGGAGGGGGAGCGGCGGGGGAUCCCGCGGCGCUGCUACGUGCUAGGGUUCGUGACGGCCUUCCUCGUGCUCUUCUUCUUCUUCGCCCUCAUCCUCUGGGGCGCCAGCCACAAUCAGAAGCCCAUCGUCACCAUGACCAGCAUAAGGUUUGAGAACUUCAUAAUCCAAGCGGGGACGGACGCGUCGCUGGUUCCGACGGAGCUGUCGACGCUGAACACGACGGUGAAGCUGACGUUCCGCAACACCGGCCGCUUCUUCGGCGUCCACGUCUCCUCCACUCCCCUCGACAUCUACUACUCCCAGAUCAAAAUGGCCUCCGGAUACAUGAACGAGUUCUAUCAGUCUCGGAAGAGCCAAAGGAGCGUGAGUGUGGUGGUGCUGGGGAACAAGGUCCCGCUCUACGGCGGCGGCGCAGGGCUCAGCAGCUCGCCAGCAGCGGCGGCGGCUGCAUCGGGGAAGGCGGCUGCCGCCAGCCCGCCUAUUCCGUUGACACUGAGCUUGAGAACGAGGGCGAGGGCGUACGUGUUAGGGGAAUUGGUGAAGCCCAAGUUCUACACCGACGUGCAGUGCUCGGUCCUGCUCGACCAGUCCAAGCUCAACACCCCUGUCUCUCUCAAGAACACCUGCCAAUACAACAGCUAAAAUGCUCUACAGAGAGAGAGAGAGAGAUGGGUGUAGUUUUCAUUUUUUUUGUUUUUGUUUAUUUGUUUGUUUGUUUGUUUGUUAGUGCUCGCCAAAGAGUAAAUUUGUAAGUUGUUUGAAUAUAUAGUUGAUGAGUCCAUUUAUAGUUUCUAAGAAAAAUUUUAACGGCCUUAAAGAGGUGUAGUUUUCAUAUUGGUUCGACAAACAAUAUAUGACAUCUUACAUGUAA